GAAUGGAGUUACUGCCACUACUUCCACUGCUGCUGCUGCUGCCAGCCAUGGAUGCCAACAAUAAGUUGAACGUAAACAACAACUUUCGGAACAUGCAGGUGCGACUCAGCACAACGGGGAAACGUGUAACGCUUCCUAUACGUGAGGGUCGCGUUGAGGUCAGCUUCGAUUACGGCGAAACGUGGGGCACCAUUUGCAGCACCAACUGGACGAAGCGUGAGGGAAACGUUGUCUGUCGUGAGCUGGGUCUGGGCUACGCAUCCAUGGCCAAGAUGAGCACUGAGCACGGCGACAGCAAGCACUUUCCCUUGGGCAUGGUGGGCACGCGAUGUCGCGGUCCCGAGCGACGUCUCGCCGAAUGCCAUCGCGAAUCGCGUUAUCCGCUCGCCUGCGGUCCCAGCAAUCGCAAUGUUAGCACUGUGGCCUGCGUAAAGCACUCGCCGGACUUGGAGUUGGGCCUCAGAGACAUCGAGGUGAGCGCCUAUCUCGACUCGGUGCCAAUGACGCAGCUCACCUGCGCCAUGGAAGAGAAUUGCCUGUCCGCCGAUGCAUACAUCAUACACAGAACGGAUCCCAAGGGUAUAAGAAAGUUGCUGCGAUUUGCGGUCAAGGCUAGCAAUGUGGGCGAUGCGGAUGUGAGUCCUUAUGCCAACUACAAGGAUUGGAUUUGGCAUCAGUGCCACAUGCACUUCCACAGCAUCACAGUUUUUGCCACCUUUGAUGUUUAUAAUAUGCGCUACGAGAAGGUUGCACAGGGUCACAAGGCAUCAUUUUGCCUCAUGGACAGUCAGUGCAAUCCAGGUGUAAAGCAAAAAUACACCUGCGGCAACACCACACAAGGUAUCACGGCAGGCUGCUCUGAUGUGUACACGAAUGUGUUGGAUUGUCAGUGGGUCGAUGUUACCACAGUGCCCAUUAAUCACAAUUAUAUACUGCGCGUGGCUCUUAAUCCUGAGUAUAUGCUGGCCGAAAAGACCUUCGAGAAUAAUGGAGCCGAGUGUGUGUUGCACUACACGGGUGAUAGGAAGACAACUAAAGUAACCAACUGUGUUCGAAAGUCAUUAUGGAUUUAAUUAUUGUUAAUAAAAUAAAAUCAGUCAAA